UAGCGGAAACGGUGCGACGUGGAACAUGUUUGGGUUAUACUUGUGUAUUUAUUCAGUAAUAUUUUAGGGUUUUACCGUUACUUUCAUGGACAGGUAAACUGUUUAAAAGUCUGUUCUGUGGUUUUAACGGAGGCAGUAGUAAGUGUGGUCAUUUCCGUAUUGAGUUCACUUUAGGUGACAGCUCUGUGGGUUUACACACACCGUCCAAACCUGUGAAUCCAAACAUGGUCCACAGCAAAGACUCUGAAUCCGAGUCUUGGGUGUACGGCUGUGCCAGGACAGCAUCCUCAGUUUGUACACACUUCAUCUGCCUUGGCUUAACUGUGUUCAUUGUACUUCUGUCUCGACCUGGAACAAGCUUGUUCUCCUGGCAUCCUUUCCUAAUGACACUGGCUUUUUCCCUCUUCAUGACAGAAGCCAUACUCCUCUUCUCCCCCCAUGGUUCCCUCAUGAAGGGGUUUCCACAUAAGACCAAGGGCCGGGUCCACUGGGUCCUACAGUGUCUGUGUGUGUCCUGUGCGGUCCUGGGCCUCGCAGCCAUCUCUUACAACAAACACUUGAACGGCAAACCCCACUUCACCUCAUGGCACGGUCUGCUGGGCCUGAUCACGGUGUGUGUGGUUGGGGUUCAGUCCAUAGCUGCUGUGCCUCUCAUCUACCACUCUCUGGCUAAAGGCUGGUCUCUUGCCAAGCUCAAGCGCUACCAUGCAGCGUCUGGACUCGUCACCUUCCUGCUUGGCAGUACCAGCCUGCUCCUCGGCCUCUGCUCUGCCUGGUUCACCGCUGCUGUCGGGGAUUACACCUGGUACCUGUCAGCUGCCUGCCCUGCUCUCACCGCCCUCGUCAUAAUGAACCAAGUCUCCAGUGCUUACACAGCGAAAAAGCGCUUUCAGUCUUGACAGAGUCUACUCUACUGACACUAACACACCUGUCACUGGCAGUUUAGAAGUGAGAUGCUGCAUCUUCAGUCCCAUUAAUCAAUGUGACUCGUAGGGAAAAGAAAUGAAAAGCAGCUACAUGUCUCUCAGAAGGUCUGUCAUUCCAAAAUCUGGUGCCGCUUGAAGAUUAUAAUGAAAAACUUUUGUUCUGUGGAUUUUUUUUCUGAAGCGUAUCUGGCCAAGUCACCAUUGCACACAGUGGCCACUUAAGAAACUAUGGUCAUGCUCUUAUUUUUUCAGGGAUUUUGUGUUGUUUUUUUUUUCAUCUUUAUUUGCUUAAAGUUAGACUGCUGGAUUAAACAAAACAACAAAAAACGUGAGGUUGAAUUGAACUGUCUAUAUCAGGGGUGUUACACAUAUGGGCCACCAAAGGGUCCAAUCUGCCCGUGGCAUGGAUUUGUGAACGUCAAGGGUGUCCGACUCAUUUUAGCUCAGGGGCUACAUACAGCCUAAUUUGAUCUCAAGUGGGCCGGACCAGUAAAAACUACACUGUUGAUCCUAAAGUUGGAAUAAUUUUAUUUUCAGACACAUUCCUCUUUUUAUUCUUUUUUAUACACAUCAGUAAUCACCUUUCACCAGGUAUUUCAACUUUAAGGGCAACAGUGUAAUAACCUGACAACUCCAAAUUUUCUCCUUCGUUUAAUGUGGAAAAAGUAAAAUUACAUUAUGAAAACAUUUACAUUCACAAACUGUUUCACAAAAAAUGUGAAGAACCAGAAAUGUCUUAAGAAAAAUAAGUGCAAUUAAACAAUAUUGUGCCUGUUACUGAAUGUUUUGUGCAUUUGUAGAUCUACUAUGAUCUGUAAGUUGUAUUGUGUUUUAUUAUUUUUCUGGUUAUACACAGUUGUUCAGGCUAUUGACAUUUUCAUUUUGGAAUUUUACUUUUAUAACACUACAAAGAGAAAAAAUUGGAGUUGACGUCAUUAAUAGGCCAUUGUGCUGUUAUUUUACUGAUCCAACCUGUUUCAGAUCAAAUGGGCUACAUGUGGCCCUUGAACUAAAAUGAGUUUGACACCCCUAUUCUAGUCAUAUUGGGAUAAAAAGAGAGAAUACCCAAUCAUUAAUAAAAACAAAUUUCUAAUGGCUUGUCAGGUUGGUUGAAUGUAAUUUUCGAUUUAUUCAAAAAAAUUUUUUAAUCUGUGGCUAAAGGCCUUGAAUGUCUUGAAAUCAUGUUGUGUUUUUACUUAUUGCUUUAAAUAUUGCAGUUUUUCAUAUUUAACACAGUUCCUGUUUUAAAAUAAAAAAAAAAAUACAGAUGAUUCACAUUGCAAUAGAAGAGUGUUUUAUUGUUAAAAUAACAUUGAUAACACAGUCUUACUCUGCGUCGAUCUAGGCUGUAUGUACGAAAUUCUUACAGAAUCAGCCGUCAAUGGGUCAAAGUGAACAGAAGGUUAAAAAAAGGAAUUACAAAAAAACAUAUCUUCCAUCAUAAAUAAAUAAAUUUGAGACAGACUAAAAUAAUAGGGGAAAGGUGAACUCACACCUUUUAGAAGUUAUAAAAAAACAUUACAAAAUGAAAUAUUACCAUAAAACAUAAAAAAUAGACAGAAGUAACGGCUUUUUAAUUUUUUUUUUUUUUUUUCUUUUUAUGAUUUGAUUCCCAAGAUUCAAAACAAUGUUGUUCCAACUGAGUCCGAGAAUAAAGGUAUGGGGUCAACAUAGUGUACCUUUUACAGUUCACAAGCAGAUAUGUUUUUUUUUUUUUUUUUUUUUUUUUUUUUUAAAGUGCCGGCUCUACCUUCAGAUCUGAAACUAAUCAAAUGACAAGCUUUGGAGACAUGCUUAAACUGGGAGAUAUCUUUGAUGAGAGAAAUUAAAAGUGACAGGAAAUGGAAGCCAGUAG